UUAUUUAACUGCAAGUAAGGUGUGUAAAGUAGCUAGGUAUGUUCCUUACAUGCAUCAUAAACGAUUGAACAAAAUAAAUAAAAUAUAACAACCAACAAAUGAACAACCUUACCAGUGUCCUAUGCCUUAUCGCCUUUCACAAAAAUAUGAAAAUACAAAUAUUAAAAAACACAUUGUAGCAAUUGUCACAACACAGGUAAAUAAUCUUCAACAAUUCUUCUCCUCUUGUUCUUGUUCCUUUUUCUCCUUUAUCCCAAUUGUCUUUACUGUGCAGACUAAUGGGGAGAUUGUUUGUGGUGAAUCUGGAAGGGAAGAUCUAUAGCUGCAAACACUGUCAUACCCAUCUUGCUCUUUACGAUGACAUCUACUCAAAGACAUUCCACUGCAGACAUGGGAAAGCUUAUCUCUUCAAUAAGGUUGUGAAUGUUUCUAUUGGAGAAAUGGAGGACAGACAGAUGAUCACAGGGUUACAUACCGUGGCUGACAUUUUCUGUGUGGGUUGUGGAUCGAUUGUGGGUUGGCAAUAUGAAACUGCCUAUGAAAAAAACCAGAAGUACAAGGAAGGAAAAUCCGUGCUUGAACGGUACAAAGUGUCAGGUCCGGAUGGAAGCAAUUAUUGGAUCAGUCAUGAGGCACAUGUUGGUGGAAGUGAUGCAGAUGAUGCUUAGUCAUCCUACCAUUCACAAUUGUACAUUCCUCAACCCUGUGUUGUUCAAUGAGUUUAGAUUUAUGGGGGAAAUUUCACAAAAACAACACAUUGUCAAAUUCUGUUGUCAAUAACAUUAUUUAAGUACAUCUAAUUCUUGGUUUAGUGCUUUAUUUUAAAAUAAAAAAACUGAUUCAAACUUC